AUUUUAUAUGUAUGUGGCUAUAUUCGUACAUAUGCUUGUCGGUUGUAUACCAAAAAUAAUGUCUUGUGAACUUCGGAAUCUCUUCAUGUGUUUUCAGAAAAUAAUUUUCCUUCUUUUCAUAUGUACAUGCUCUCUCGCCAGGCAUUUGAUGUUAUUUUGAGUGCUCUUAUGUUUAACACUGUUAAAAGUUGUAAUAUAAAAUCACUGAACCAUUAAAAAUGUUAUAAUAAUUACACUUUAUAAUUUUUCGGGACCUAAAAAAUUACAUAUAAUAUACACGUACAUAUCAAUUUUGUUGUAUAUCGCAAUCGCACAUAAAAAACAUGCAUUUAUAAAUAAACGAGUGUGCUUACAUAGCUUCUUUACUGGUGUCGGAAUAAAAUCAUUUUUAAAUCUCCGUUCAAAAAUUUGAAAAUAUUUUUAGUGUUUAGUCAUCUAAAAAUUAGUGAAAUUAAUUUAUUGUUCUCUUAUGUGUUAAGCAUAUAUGAUUAUAUAAAAUUGUUCAAACACAAUAGAUUAUACUACUUCACGCCUUUACAAAGAAUAUACUGCAGAAAGGAAGUAUUUAUUGUCACUAAAUUAUAUAAUUCACAACGGACUUUAUGUGUCAACAUAAUAUGGACUUUCCAAAAAAAAACGAAGAACCCGCCAAGUACAUGACGACCUUGAGAAAACCUGUGGCUGCCAUAAAAAAGAGGUCAGGACCGUUGAAUAAGGCCCUUGAAGAGGUGAAUGAUAAUUUAUUUGGAUCGCCACCUUCAGAUGUUCUUAGCAUACGUCAGCAAAAUAAUUUUGCAAGCAAGCACUCAGGAGGAGUUGCAUCUGGCAAUAGGCUACGCCGUCGUAGCACAAAAGACAGAGAAAAAAAACGAGAGCGCUGGCUUUUAACACGAAAAACUUGGAGAUAUAUGACAGAUGCCGGUCGUAAGCUUAUCCCCGAUAGCUACCCGGCAGGGUCAGAUAACUUUGACUUACUUGAAGAACAUUUUCAACGAGUGUGCUUAUCUGAACCAAGUUUUAUUUUAUGGAAUCGACGAACCUCUUACCCGGGAGCAAUCAACAGCUCUAGGCGAAGAUUAAAGCAAUUGUCUAGGCACGCAUGUUCCAGCCAUAAGGAAAAUAGCAUUGAGACAAAAAAUAGUUAUUAUAACGCAGAUCGAACUAUCGAACUAUUGCAGACGUUUUUAAAACUUCGCGAUGCAUACAAAACAACAACGCUACUUGGUACAAAAACAGUUAGACCUGACCAAACAUCAUCGCCUAGUGCACAGAGACCUAUUUUUGGCAAAAAGAGUGAAAAAGAUCAGACAAUGUCCUCGGACAUGACUCUUCAAAAAGAGCUCAUUUGCCGUCUGAAACUUCUGUCUAGUUGCAUUAAUUUUGCACAAGUGGGAAUUAAGUUGGAAAUUAGCGAUUUAUCCGAGACUAUACUUGAGGACAAAGUUCUAUUGAAAAAAAUCUACAGCGCCCUCAAGAAACAACAACUUCAUCGGACCCUACAUUCCAAAGAACCGAAUAAAAAAAGUGUUAACAGGUCUUCUUCAUUGUCUAGCCUAAAAAUUGGUGAACAUGAAAGUAUGUCUAGUAAAACAUCUGAGGACCAAAAGCUAAAAAAUCAAAAUUUCCAAUGUGUAAAAAUAUGUGAUACUAGCUCGAAAAAUUCAAUUAAUUUAGAUCUCAACUGUGUUAUAAAAAGCAUCGAGUUUCCAAACAAGUGUCUUUUGAGCGAUCAAAAAAUUGAAAGAAGCGUGAAAACUUGUGGAACUCAAACUAGUUUUAUUCAACUUAGCGAACUAAAAAGUUUGGCGGAACAGUAUAAGUGUAUGGUUCAAAACUGCGAUAAUAAUUUACAAGUAUUCCAAGAAUUUGAUAAACAGGAUGGUUUAACUUCUUCACGCUCGACCUGUAGAAAAAGUUCGAUAGACGAAGACAUUUCUCAGUCAGUAAGCGAUACGAUUAAGCGUUAUCUAAAAAUGGCAAGAAAGAAAAGUGUACAAGGUUCUGACUCAAAUCGAUUUAAGUCAGUUAACUAUGAUCAAAAUCUCAAAAAUAUUAAAGCAAAGGGCGAAAUUAAUCCACCAGCACUCAAUGAUGGAUUGAAUAAGGCUGUACAAACUUUAGAUGCUUGGCCAGUUAUUGCAUUGGAUUUUAUUAAGGGAAACGAAAGUUCUAUAUAUCUGCAAAACGCUCACUUAGAAUGGAUAAGAUCUGAAGAUGAACGAGAACAGAAACAAUUAGAAUGGAACAAAAAACAAAAACAAAUUGAUAAAGAAGAGCAUACUCCUCAUGAAAUCAAUAGGGGAAACGCCUCACAUUAUUCAACCUGCACAUCUGCUCCCACAUCGCCAACCAGCCAUUCCAAGUUGGAAAAAGCUAUAAGGACUUCUAGCGGGUUGCUUUCUUCAAGUUCUCAGUUUAUUUCGAGCAUUUUGCACGGGCAUAGCAGUGCAGGAAGUCAGUACUCGAAUCUUGGGAAUGACUCAGUAAAUAUGCAAAAAUCAAAAUCACUAUCUAAUGUUGGACAAUUUGUAAGUAAAAAAAUUUGGGGAAGUCGUUUCAAAAGCCAAAGUAAACGCAAUUUUUCGAAAGGACUAAAGGAUUUGCCUUCUGUAAAAUGGCAUCCUUCGGACAAUUGUAUAUGGAUUUCCGAAGAUGGCGAAAGGUUUCAAAUUGUUGAUACUUUAUUGAUAAGGCUGUCGAAAAGAGAAACAGAUUUAGUUAAAGAUUUUGCAUUAGAAAAAAUUGAGGAACUAAAUAUUGGAAAUAUUGAUGAUUUGAAAAAAACAUCAAAAAAACGACGUAUCGCUCCGAAAAAAAAAUCUCUGACAACGAGCUUUUUUGAUAUUGGGAAGAAAGAUGACCAAAAUGAACGCGUUGCAUUGUUUGGAACUUCACUGGAAUGUUGCCUAGCAAGAGACAGAAAAGGAAGCGCUAACAUAGAGGACCGAUCAGAGCAUUAUGUUUUUCGGAAAAGCGGUAGUAACCCAGGAAGUGUUAUGAAGCUUAACGACAAUGUGAGGUCAUGUGAAAGUUUGCCUUCUAAAUCCCUGGAAUUCGGAUACAUGGACUCCUCCGACUGUUCUAGUGGUUCUUUUAAUACUAUUCCAAAACCUGCAGCAUCCCUAACUCAGUUUGAAAUUGGAGACACUGAACCAAGUUUUUAUAAGACGUAUCAAGAUCAAUUAAUACUCAUGGUACCAAUGUUUAUAAUUAACUGUAUUGAGUAUUUGGAAGAGAAUGGCUUACAAAAGGUUGGACUUUUUCGAGUAAGCACAUCUAAAAAAAGAGUAAAGCAAUUGCGCGAAGAAUUCGAUAAGAAUUUUAAUUUUAGGAUUUCUGUUGAUACAUGUCCGCAUGAUGUUGCCACCCUACUUAAAGAAUUUCUACGGGACCUUCCAGAACCACUUCUUUGUGACAGACUCUAUUCAACUUUUUUAAAAACACAACGUAUAAGGAACAGACGCUUGCAACUAGAGGCUAUAUCACAUUUAAUUAGAUUACUUCCUAUACCACACAGAGACACGUUGUAUGUCCUACUGGUAUUUCUAGCAAAGGUGGCAGCUCAUAGCGAUGAUAUAUGCUCCACUGACGGCAACUGUUUAUUUGUUGGAAAUAAAAUGGAUAGCAAUAAUCUAGCGACAGUAUUUGCUCCAAAUAUCUUGCGUAGCACACAUUUAACAUAUUUAAGGGACAAAGAGCAAGAAAAUGUGAACGAUGCAAUUAACGUCGUAAGGACCAUGAUCAAUCACUAUGAAGAAAUUUUUAAGAUAUCAGCAGAAUUGCUUGAUGUUAUCUAUACCCGAGUGAUGGAAGCUUGCCCCGAACAGUUAUACGAGUUGAUAUCAAUGAAAUUAAAUGGAUACGAAUGGAACCUAAAUCAAUUAGACGAUCCGCAGCCAAGCAGUUUAGGAGAUGUCAUGUUUGAGCCUGCAGUUCAAGAAAAACGCCUGGAUCAUAUUAAUCAUUUAAAUGGAAAUCAAGAAAAAAAGAAUGUUCUAAAAAAAUCUUCUAAAAGUAGUUUAAUUAAUACAAAGAGAUGUCAAGAAGAAAACUUUGAAAUUUUCACCGCUAGUCUGAAAAUACCUGUGCCGGAAAAAGCGCACAUACAUAGUAAAGAGUCUAUAGAAUGUAGAGAUGAUAAAACGGCACGCCGAAGAAUUUGUCAGCCUCGAAUACCAACAGACAUUACUACAAUGAGUUCAGAUGUCGUCGAACUGGAAAAAAAAACGAAAGCAGCUACAUCAGAUGAUAUCUAUCAAUCAGAAUUGCGGGAAAAGGCCAUUUAUAAGCAGCAGCACUUAAAAUCUAGCACAAGGCCAGUAAAUCAAGGGCUCUAAAAAAUCAUUAUUUAAGACCACUGCAGUCAGCAUGGAAUUCCACGGACAAAAAUUUCACCUUUAAAUGCAAGGAUAAGGGUCUGGCUAUUCACUACGUAAUCAAGUUUUCGGUGAUGAUAGGGUUGCAUUCAAUACUUAAAACAGGAAUUGAAGCGAAAUACAUUUUUGAAUAAAUUCUGUAAAUAAAAAAUAUAUUUAUAAAAUGAUUAUGUAAUCAUUGUGCUAUGAUAAAUGAUAAAUCCAAUAGCAAUGUUUGCAAAUUAAAGAGCUUUUUGAAAAAUAAAUGCAAUAUCUUAA